AUGGCAUCAAUCUUGAGGAGACUGCCUGGCGUCGCAAUCAUCACUGGUGCUGGUGGAACUGGUAUUGGCGCAGCAGUUGCAAAAGGCUUUGCACGCUCGGGCUGCACCAAGAUUGCAAUCACCGAUAUCAACCCCGAAACGCUCAAACAGACUAAAGAUGCCAUUCUGUCUAUCGAUCCCUCCAUCAAAGUCUUUGACCGAGCCGGAGAUAUUGCAGAUGAAAGCUUUGUAGACUCGUUCACUGACGAGGUAACUUCGAAAUUCUCCAGGCUCGAUUACGCGGUGAAUUGCGCUGGAGUCCUUGGGGGUAACCUAGUCAAGGCAGUCGAAAUGACGAUGGACGCUUUCGAUCGACUGAACAACAUCAACUAUAGAGGGUCAUGGCUGAGCUCUCGAGCUCAGCUGAGAAAUAUGCUGAGACAGGAACCGUUGUCAGAGCAACCUGAGCAAAGAGGCUCUAUUGUCAAUAUCGCGAGUCAGCUAGGUGUUAUAGCAAGGCCUGGCGCGGCUGCGUACUGCGCAUCGAAAUCUGCCAUCAUCAACAUGACACGCGCAAAUGCGAUUGAUUAUUCAGAUGAUGGGAUCCGAGUGAACUGCGUCUGUCCUGGCGUUAUCGAAACUCCCAUGACGACGACAUCUCCGGAGAUGGUGGAAGCAUUGAAGCCUGCUGUCAACAUAGCACCGAUGAAGAGGAUGGGUACCCCAGACGAGGUAGCAAACGCCGUGUUGUUUUUAUGCUCUACUCAAGCAUCCUUCGUUCAGGGUCACGCACUUGUAGUUGAUGGAGGCUAUACAAUCAAUUAA